AUGACAUUGAUCAAUGAUACGUUGUCAGACUCAUCCAAUGAUACCAAUCAAUCAGAGGCAGCAUGGUGUAUUACAAACAUUGCAGCGGGUACACACGAGCAGACUGCAACAAUCAUUCAUUGUACACCAUUGCUGAUCUCCUAUCUAUCAAUUGAGAACACAGUACUUCAAGAACAAUGUACAUGGGCACUACUCAACAUUGCCAUCGAUUGCCCCGAAUACAAAGAGAUGUUAAUCGCACAGGGCAUCGUCCAUCCACUCAUCAGACUCUUCUCCAGCACGUCGUCAAGUGUGACAACAUUCAACUGUUGUUGUCUGAUUGUGUCACUGAUCACAACAUCCCAACACCAACAACAACUAGUUGGCAUGGGACUGAUAGCAUGUCUAAAGGAGAGGAUAACAAGGUUCCAAAGCGCAUCAAGCAUUGACACACUAUGCGAGUUGUUAUGGCUACUCAAUGACAUUGUAUCAAUGGACACUACAAUGUUAACAUUGCAUAGUGUAGUCAAUCAAGGCUACUUUAUAACAUUGGAAGGUGUACUACUCGAUGAUACACCUGCACACAUUGUACUUCCAAUCAUUCGUACACUUGGUCUACUGUUCACCGACACCAGAUGUGCAUCAUACAUCAUGCACAAUAACAAUACUUCGUUGAAGUCAUUGCUCGCCAAGCUCAUUGCCAGGUUGAGUAAUACUACUACCACUGGUCAACCACCGAGGAUCAUCAAAGAGAUAAUAUAUCUCCUAAGCAACAUAUCAGCGAUUGAUCCAACACCUGUCGAUGGCCAUUCCAACAACAUAUCAAUGAUAUUGGUACAAGCUGGAUGUCUUCCAAUGUUUGACUCUUGUCUCUAUCAGCUCGAUCCUCUCACUGCUCCCAAGGUAAAGGUAGAGCUAAUCUAUCUCAUUCACAAUCUAUCACUGGAUCCAUCUGUUCGCGAUACAAUCAAACAAUACUUCAAGCAUAUUGUCAUCGCCGUUUCUGCAGUCGACUCCCAACUUCUUUCAUUUCCCGAAUCGAUACGUCUCAAUAUACAAUCGUUGUCAAUGUAA